UUAAUAACCAGUAGGAAUAUUCAUUCACAAUAAAAUCUUAAAUAAAUUCAAAUCUACCGAAAGGUUUGAUUCUAUUUCUUGUAAUGUUGUGUGUGGUUUUCUAAUAAUAGUGUUCGUGCGUAUUGAAUAAAAAUUAUGACUUCGUAGUGGGGUUGACAUAAGCUAUAUUAACGACUAAUCAUUCUCAUCCGUUGCAAAAGCGUUUAAAUCGUUACUUCAUUCAGUUCUUUCUUAUCUCUUCGGUCGAUAGUACAUUUUCUAUUACAAUUCUUUGAAACUACGCAGUGAGAAGUGAAUUGAGCAAUAAGGUUUUUGCUCGUUUAAAAUGGAUCUGUUGAAUAAACUCUUUAAUUAUAUCGUAUUAGUCGGAGAUCCACGAGUCAAAGAUUGGAUAUUAUUUAAUCCAUCGAUAAUCAUUUCUCUUCUCUUUUCAUAUCUCUAUUUCGUUCUCGUUUGUGGACCGCGAUUUAUGAAAAAUAAGCAACCGUUUUCGUUGAAAACAUUUAUAAGAUGUUACGAUAUUUUUCAAAUCGUAGUGAACAGUUUUAUUGUGUUUAAACUCAUAAAGGGCGGUUGGUUUACCAAGUUGUCGAUAUUUUGCGAACCUAUCGCUUAUAGUACAGAUCCUGCUAAUAUGGAGCUGUUGAGUGCCUGCUGGUGGGCCUGCUUAACAAAAUUUAUUGAUCUAAUAGAAACAGGAAUAUUUGUACUCCGAAAGAAGGAUAGCCAAAUUUCAUUUCUGCAUUUGUACCACCAUAUUUCGACUGUAUUAAUUAGUUGGAUUUUUGGAAAACACUACGCCGCUGGAAUGGCUACUUUUUUACCAUUAGUGAAUUGCAGUAUUCACGUAAUAAUGUACACUUAUUAUUUUCUUAGUACAUGUGGUCCAAGUGUCCAGAAGAUUAUUCAUCGUUAUAAAUUUUUACUUACCAUUACUCAAAUGGUACAAUUCGUAAUAUUGAUUUGCUACGCCUUGCAAUCGUUCUCACCAAACUGUGAUAUAGAUUAUAUUCCUGGUAUUAUAAUGAUUAUUAAUCUUUUGAUUAAUCUCGUUUUAUUCUAUAAUUUCUACAAGGAAACCUAUGUGGUUAAACGGUCGAAGCAGAGUUAAUAUCGAUAUACGAUAUUUAUAUAUGUGAAAUUUUACUUUUUCCUAUUACUUUCACCUAAUACUAGUAGGUAUGAAAUAUUAAAAUCGAUAAAUAAAAUAAUUAUAUUGUUUCUUAGAAGUUUGUAUAUAGUAUGACAUAAAUGUAUAAGGAUAGUUAUACAUUUAUACGUAUAAGGAUACUUAUACUAUUGGAAUACGAAUAAAAAUAUCUAAUAAGUUGUUAACGUUAAUUUUGAUUGAAAUCAAAUGACUGAUGAUAUGAUUUUAUAAUUUUAUAUGUCUUCUUAUAUAUGCUCUUUUAUGGAGAAGUAAAUUAUCAACGAUAAAAAUUAUUGAUUAAUCUUUCUUUAAUCUCCUGUUAACCUCCAAUUUGUCGUAUUGAUGUCGCCUUCAACUGAAGCUUUUCUCAUUUAUAAAGUAACAAAAUUCUCAGCUCUUAUAUUCCUUCUUAUAUUUAUUAACAUCGUGAUGAGCAUCCUCAUAUUCUGUGAUCUUUAUAAGAAUCAGGAAAUAUAGAAUUAAUAAUUAAGAAGUGCAAUAAAAUCAUUUUUGUAAAAAUCGUAUUAAUAUUUGUAAAAG